AUGGACCCUUCCAAGGCAGCGUCGAGCAAUGUGACCGUCGAGUACACGGACCCAUCUGGACUAUUUCCUCUGGUCCAGCCCGUUGUCGAGUCGAAGCUCCCCCUGAAGAAUCUCCACUGGAAAUCGCCCACUCGCCCCGUUCGAUCGAUUGAGUCUCUCCGGAUCGGAUUUGCGCCCGCCCGGAAUGAGCCGAGUGAACGAAAAUCGUCUAGCGAAGGCGCCGGAGCUGUGCCGCAUCGCCGGCAUCAGAUCCCCGGUCUGCGACAGACGCCAUACCUAAAGGUCUACCUCCUCCGUUGCGACGACAACGAUACCUACAAGGCAACCGCGCGCAAGACCCUACGGGAAUGGAUCAAAGCGCAGGGAGCGUCAAGUACGGGUCAAUCGACCGGAAGCAGCCAGGAAAAGCACGAUGCAUUCGAAUGGCUCAUCCUACAUGUCGUACAAGACGGUGAAGGUGCUGAGAAGGCGCCUGCGCCCACCUCAAAAUGGGGACGAAGCACGACGACUGUACUCGAGAAAGUCAAGGCCGACUUCAACGGAUCCUCCAAGACAGCAGUCGACCGUGUAGCGCAAUUGCGACUCCCGAAGCAAGGAAACCCAAAAUCCCCUGAAUUGGCCGAGCAGCUUGAGGACCUAAUUGAUAAAAUGAAGAAUGGCAUUCUGGCAUCUUUCGAUCUUCGCGUGGCCCAGUAUGAGGAAGACAUCAAGGAAAAGGAUGCGCAGCGGAGUCUCCCCGGGUGGAACUUCUGCACAUUCUUUAUCUUGAAAGAGGGUCUUGCGCGGGGAUUCGAGAAUGUGGGAUUGUUCGACGAUGCAUUAGUGGGAUAUGAUGAAUUGUCUGUUGGGUUGGAUGCCGCUAUUCGCGACCAACUUGAAGGCAGUGGAGAACAGCAUGGCAAUACUCUUUUGAACUCUAGCAAGAGCUGGGUGGAAGCUGCCAAAAAGGCCCUGGAAGCAGGCGCAUCGACGGACGAAGGCAACGAGAAAGGCCCGUCGCUGGAAAUUCAAACGGAGGACUUUCCUCUGAGCUCCAACAAAUUUCCAUACCGAGAAAUGAUCUUGGCUAGCGAUAUUUCCAUCUUCGACUUCCGCACCUACAUCUUCUCUCGCCAGCUUACUUUACUGCUGCGUGCUGCAAGAGCUCCAUCUCUGGCUGGGACGGAACCGGCGACGCGUGAGAAAAAACCAGAGGAUCUGAUCUUGCUUUCGGAGAUUUGUCAGAGAUCCACUGAAUUCAUCAGUCUGGCUGCACGCACCCUUCGCUACGGCCUGGACUAUGGACUUGCCGAAGUGGAAAACGUUGCCAAAGCGGACACCAUCAGCAAUUUUGUUUCUAACUGGGCAUAUUCGGCAGCUCUGCAAAUUCUGGAUCAAACUUUCACCUCAGCUCUGAGCUUGCCGGAGUCACCCAUUCAAGCAGUGACUCGGGGCAACGAGCCUUCGAAUCCCAUUCCCCCAGGACCGGAGAAUCGCAAUGACGUUCCUCGUAGGUCCAGUUCAUUGAUUCAAUCAUCCGGCGGUCGUCCUCCCCGUCCGGUAACCCAGGACAUGUCUGAAUCAAUCGGCCUGCUUCAAAGGCGCUCAACCUUGGAUCAUCCCAAGCCUGCUUCUCCUCCAACACAGAAAACCGGCUCAGAGCAACUGGCAUCCGCGCGAGGGGAGCUGCUGCUUCUGGCACGGCAAUCUCUUGAGGAGAUCGCUCGCCGCCGUGGCUGGGCUGAAAAGUGGAACAGCCUUGGUCUACUCUUCGAUGAUAGCUGUGGCUCUAAUGGCCUCGCAGAUGUCUCUUUGGACGAUGGCAAUGAGAAAAAUGGUUCUCAGCCCCAAAAGUCAUCACUCGUUGGCGUAGAGCUUUCUACACUCAGAGCGGCAUUGGUUUCCAGAGAGACAUAUUUGACAGUAUAUGAGGAGCUUACGGACCACAUCAUCCGUCAUCAUAUUGUUGCCAAUCGAGCCAACUCGGCUGAAAUGGCAUUGGCAGACAUUGCCAUUCUUCGCUUCCGACAAGGCGAUUACGAGGCUGCAGCCUCCUACUUCCACCAAAUGGCUCCUUUCUACGGAAGUAAACUCUGGGUGGUCCUGGAAGGAACCAUGCUUGAGCUCUACUCUCGGUGUCUGAAGGAGCUCAAGCGUAACGAAGACUAUGUUCGGAUGAUGCUCAAGCUUCUCGCCAAAUUUGCUGCGUAUUCGCAAUCUAAGCUGUCUCUGCGGCAAAAGUCCUCGGCUGCUCCAAUUUCCAUCGUUCAGCAGGAGCAGCUUUCCGGGUACGUUGCUGACCUCUUCAAGGGAGUCAGUGAUCUGCAAAAAGACGUCACGGCGUCCUUGCUGGAUUUCUUCGCAGAUCUACAAGUCGACCCAGCUGUUCGAUUGUACGAUGAUAAGGAUGGGUUCCAGAUCCAGCUUUCCUUGAGGUACCUGCUUGGUCCUCAGGUUGAUAUCGACUCCGUCAAAGUCCGACUUGUCAGCGCCAGCGCGUCUCAGAACACUGAGCACUGGAUCGAAGGAUCGGCCAAUUUCACGAUCAAAUCGUCGAUGACCAAGAUUCUCAUUGAUUCUCCGACUACACUUCAAGGCAAGUAUAUUGUCGAUCGACUCGAGAUGAAGUCCGGCAAUCUCCUUUUCACAUUCAACAGCGGACAGCACUCGGGUCUUCCGGUUGGCUUCCGGGAGACCGAGGAUGCAGAGGAGACGGACCGACGGCCAUACAUCUUCUGUUAUCCUGCGCCGAGUGGACUGCAAGCGAAGGUGGUGUCACCCCACCUGAUCAAUCUGGAAGCCAUGCGUACGCUAGAGCUGGAACUCGAGAGCGGACGAAAUGACAUCAAGUCCGGUACCAUUCGCGUGCGACCAGCCACGGCCGGCCUGCGCCUGCGGAUAGCGGAGACCGAAGUGGUGGAGGGUGAGCUUGAAGUGGUGGCCAACAAUGACUCUGGGGUCAUCGAGUUUACCUACUUGCCUCCUAAGUCAUUUGUGCGACUCCGGAUCCCUUACACUGUGGAAGAAGCAUACACCACACUAUCUGCACGGGCAGAGGUCGGGUAUGAAACGGCACAGGGUCGAUUUGCUUUUUCGACAGUGCAUAGUGUUGUUGCCACGCUCCCCAUAUCGGUCAACGUGCAGGACAUUUUCAAGGAUGAAUUGCUGUUCUCGCGUUUCACUAUCAGCCCCGCCAUGUUGAUUCCACUGCGCAUCACAAACUGCAGUCUUCCCAGCUCCGAGGCCUAUGACGUGCAGUCCAGUAUCACCGGCCCCGUGGCGCUAGAUGUCUUCCCCAAGCAACCUGCUUCCCUGCUGUACAAGAUCCGCCCUGUCGGGAAAUCAGCCACGGCCUCCCCGACCGGAAAGCGCAGUCUUCGUCUUCGGGUUGACUUUACCUGUGUGGACGAUGAAAGUCUCGAUGCGAUUGAGAAACAGUUUGGCUCUGCGCUCGAGUCUAGUCCGUUUAGCCAGUAUGCCUCGUUGCUGACAUCGCAUAUGGUUGGCAGCGUUCGUGGUCAGCUCUCCACCGCUGACAUGGAAGUCAUUGGCCUCAUUCGGGAAGUUCAAAUGCCCCCGUACCGCAGUGUCCGUUGGGAUGAUUUGUUGGCUGCAUUGAAGGGACGCACGGAGGAACUGCACGAAUGGCUCACGGUAUGGCACGAGAACAACCCAAUCAUCCGGCUGCCCUCGCAGCCCUCCAUCCCCACCCGGAGUAUCGUGAUCCCCGUCGACAUUCCGGAGAUCCAAGUGGUACAUACGGCCGAGUUGCAGCUCCAGCCUGGUGCCCAAACCAGUGAAUCUGGAACCACCCACGCGGCCGUGGGCCAGAUGAUCACCGCCGAGCUGUGUCUCCGCCACACACGCCGUUGGUGCUCCCCAACAAGCCAGGAACUGGCCGGGCAGCCUCUCGAAUGCUCGUACGAACUCCACGCCAACCCCGAGCUCUGGCUGUUGGGUGGCCGGCGCCGAGGCAAUUUCCUCAUUCGCGAAGGUGAAACCACCCGGUUCACGGUGCUUUUGCUGCCCCAGAAGCCUGGCCAUCUUCUCCUGCCUGGACUUGAGAUUCGCACCUACGCGCCAUCCCAGACACCCACCCCGACUUCUCCGCCUGCGACAUCUGAUCCGGCCCCAGGAGGGGUUCCCGGGGCUCCGGCGCAGCGACACGCCAUUCCCUGUGAGGUGGACUAUCGUAAUCAUGGGGAGACGGUGCUGGUGCUGCCGGAUCUUCGCAAGACGACAGUUAGUCUCAGUGCCUCGGGCACCGGGGGUCGUCGUGGCUUGUCGAUUCGGAGCGACGUGCGGAGGUGCACUAAUCAUUAA